AUGGCUCCUUUGAAUGAGAACUGCUUAGAGGAAAAAAUUCCAAAAUGCAUAGCACCAAGUUUUGUACCAAAUUCCAUGGUGUUGCUCUCUUCUUCAAUCCUUCAAAACCCAUUAUUUCUCAGACCCCCUGCAAAGCAAAAUCCAAGUAUUAUCAUGGGUCAGCUUCAUAAUACAAUCACUUCAGCAGCUGAGAAAUGCUUGAGAUUCGUCCAUUCCUUUGCCUCUCAAAAUCCCCUUCUCAAAAACAUUAUAACUGAUUUUAACCAACAUAUCACCCAGAUUCAAUGCAGGAGGGAGUACGACAGGAGGAACGUGAACAACUGUCUGUCAAAUCACAACUUUGCAGCUGUCUUACCAGGUGAUUCAGUGGCGGGGCUAGUGGUGGCUAAUGGGAUCACUAAUUUCUUGAAUCUAUACAACACUUUGUUGGUUGUAAGGCUUGUUUUGACCUGGUUUCCUAACUCUCCUCCUGCCAUUGUUAGUCCUCUCAGCACUUUGUGUGACCCGUACUUGAACAUAUUCCGCGGGAUCAUUCCACCACUAGGAGGGACGCUGGAUCUUUCUCCGAUACUGGCAUUCUUGGUUCUAAAUGCCUUUACUAGCACUGCUGCUGCACUUCCUGCUGAACUACCAGAAAAUGGAGCUUCUCCUACAACUCGCUUAUCCCCGACCUUGUUCACUCAUCUCACCACAGCACAGAAGAAAUGGAUGAGAAGGCUCCAUGGAAACAAGUCAAAAAGCUCCCCUGGUGCCAAUUAG